GAGAGAGAGAGAGAGAGAGAGAGAGAUUUGCUAAUAAGUAAAAUAAUUAAGGGUGGAAAACUAAGUCAGAGCCAAUGCCGCUUGUGGCAUCUCCAGCAUCAGUGUGCAGUGAGCACUUCGUGAAAGCAGGUAAGGCAUCAGUACCUGUAUUAAAGAAGGUACCUCCACUAGAUAACAGCAAGAAGAAAAAGAACAUGCACAGAUAGCAACGGCUGACCUUGCUUUUCCACCAGACUUGAGCUUCCCAUUCGGUAAGUAUCAUUCUCCAGAUUAUAUAGGAUUCUUUCCACUGUUUUAACCUCUGCUUACCAAAGCACGACCUUGAACGUGGCAGCGUUUUCUCAACGACUUAGCCUAUCGACCCCAACCCAAGUAAACCUCCGCUGCGCUCUUCAACAGGAAUCAACUCAAAAGUGUUUCGCCUAUAUGUUUAAGGUAUAUUUAUCUCAACAAUUCUCUCAGUUCCUUGGGAACUGUGCGCUUGGGGAUCCCAGCUCAGGGAAGCUUAUUUCAAUGCUGGACUUGUGAAGAAAAUGUGCUGCAGCAAACGACUGGAGCGCGCAGGCUGCCAGGGAACUGCGACGGCCGUCCAAGGAGGCAGCCAGCCGUGUGCAGGGCUGCGCGGGAGGCUGCAGCUGCUGACGUGCCCGGUGCAGUGUUUUGGUGACAUCUGAAAAGGCAGACAGAUGUUGGAAGGACAAAGUGACCACACUGAGCAAGGCACAAGAUAAAAUCAAGCAGUCUAGAAACAGCGAGGCUCUCCCUUCCCGUUAUUUGUAAGCUGACAGAAGGGAGACAGACACCUUCUGAAGUUUUAUGCAUGCUGUUUUCUCUCCUUGCUGCAACAAGAAAAGCCUUUCAUUUUAACCUGGCUGUUUUUGAAGAAGUGACUCAGACAACUUCAUGGCCUCUAAAGAUGCACAUACCCCAAAAAGCAGAGGGCUGCCUCGUUUUCUUCCUGGAGCUCCAGACACAGAGCAAAACCCUAAUCCAGGAAACCAAGAAUGGCGGCCAGGUCUCACUCCACCAAGCAGCUUCUUGCCAACAGUCUGCCUCCCCCCUGGUCUAGAAUAUUUAAGCCAGUUAGACCUGAUAAUUAUACACCAGCAGGUGGAGCUUCUCGGAAUGAUACUUGGCACUGAGACUUCUAACAAAUAUGAGAUUAAAAAUGGCUUGGGACAAAGAAUUUACUUUGCAGUGGAAGAAAGCAUUUGCUUCAAUCGUACUUUCUGUUCCACUCUGAGAUCCUGCACCCUGAGAAUCACAGAUAACUCAGGUCGAGAGGUGAUCACAGUAAACAGGCCCUUGAGGUGUAAUAGCUGUUGGUGCCCUUGCUACCUGCAAGAGUUAGAAAUCCAAGUCCCUCCGGGUACUGUAGUUGGUUAUGUUGCUCAGAAGUGGGACCCCUUUCAACCCAAAUUCACAAUACAAAAUGCAAACAAAGAAGAUAUUUUGAAAAUUGUUGGUCCUUGCGCAACAUGUGGCUGUUUUGGAGAUGUGGAUUUUGAGGUGAAAACCAUGAAUGAAAAGCUUACCAUUGGGAAGAUUUCAAAGUACUGGUCAGGAUUUGUAAAUGAUGUCUUCACAAAUGCGGACAACUUUGGCAUCCACGUUCCUGCAGACCUAGAUGUGACAGUCAAAGCAUCCAUGAUCGGUGCUUGUUUUCUCUUUGAUUUUAUGUUCUUUGAACAUUCACUAGCUGGAUUAUAACAAGCAAGAUGAUGAAAACAAUAAAAUAUGCAGAAUAUAUUUCAAUAUCCCUUGGGCUCUGGAUUUCAUUUCUGAAUGGUUUGAGUAUUUUUCUCUCUUUUUUUUGUAACAAAAUGUUAAUUAUUAUAUUUAUUAAAACAUAAUUUAAUGAGGCAAUUAUCCAGCUGUGAAUGCAUGACAGCUAAAUACACAAUUACUGGCCUGAGCACAAGGUUGCUUUGAGAGAUUACCAUUCUUUCUUUUUAUCCUUUUGAAGUUAUUGCAAUGGUAAGCAUGAAAGAUGAGAACUAAGGCUUUCAGAAUCACUGAUGAAAAUUCAAUGUUUAGAGAAUACUUUGAAGUUUUUUCUGGUACUAAGGGUAGUUACUAAUCAAAAGGACUGAAUGUCUAAAAUAUUUUUUUUCAAAAGUAGUCCCUUUUGACUUUGUUUGCUAAUGUUCUUAUUGUAGUGAGCUAUUUUUACUCUAUAUUGGAAAAGUUACAGGUUGGAAUAAAUAAUAUGCUUACAGAUGAGGAGGAAAAAGAUGGUAUCAAUCAAUUCUAGGGGCAAGAGACACAGUUAUAUUGCAGAAGGAAGCUCAUAUUUACAAACCAAAGCCUAUGUAAAUAUCUACUCAUGCCAGAGUUUUAAAUAAUCCUAAAAAUAGAUUUCUAAAUUAGCAGAGGCAGUAUUUUCUAACAGGAAUUUUAUCUACUUGCAAGGAAAUUUCAGCCAAUUGUGGGGUCUGAAUCUUUGAAAAUGAAAAAUGAACAACUCUAGCCUUUUAAAAAAAGCAAACAAAUAAAAGCCAAACCUAUGAGGCAAAUGUAGAAAUUAGAGAGCAAAGUAUAUUCCAUUUAUCAAUACCUUCCACUUCUUAAUUCUGUGGAAUUUUCCCAGUUAUUUACCUGCACUGUCCACAAUUUCCAAAGCCCACCCAAGAGGAAAAUUCUUUUUUAUGAAUGACAACAAUUCUUCUCCCCUUUUUGAAAUGAGGGAACAGAUUUUUUUUUAAGCAAGGCUCUACAUUAGAAUUACACAACUACCCAAAUUUCCAUGCGCGUGUGAAAAUGUUUGGAGAACUGUUGUUCCCCAGUUAGAACAGGGAACAAAUUCCAAGCAUCUCUUACUAAGAGGAUUGUUUGAAAUUAGGAAGCAGUCAUCUCCUAGAAAUAUAUGUGGCAGGUUUAUUUUUUUUUCCUAAAUGGUCCAUAACUAUCCAUUUUGUUCCAUGUUCUGAGUUAAGGUCCUUAUGUUGUAUAAAAUGGAAAGGAACCGAGAGCCUCUUCCUUGUUUUCUGGUUUAAUUUCCUAUAGCAUUCUUUUUUGGGAGGUCGGUGGGGGGUGUACCACAGAUUGAACUCAGGGCCACUGGACCACUGAGCCACAUCCCCAGCCCUCUUUAUAUUUUAUUUAGAAACAGGAUUUUGCUGAGUUGCUUAGAGUCUUGUGAUGCUCUCAGUCUGGCUUUGAAUUCAGGAUCCUCCCACCUUAGCCUUGCAAGUCAGUGGAAUCACAGGAAUGCACCACGGACCUGGCUCCCAGAGCAUCCUUUGUUCUCUCUUUACAUCUUCACUCCUUUCAUGAACACCCGCUGUUGGCAUGCAGAAACCAUAAAUUACCUCUCCAUCAACCACAAAAGAUCUUUACCUGGAGCAUAAUAGUAUGGAUACUAAUCAAAAAAGUAACCAGGUUUCAGAAACACACAGCGUUUCUCCCAGUCAUAUCAUCCCUGAUUUCAGUGUGACUGGAAUCAGUGUCAUCUGCAUGUGGGAGCAACACAGAUAUGGAAGGGAACCCAAGUUCCAUUUGCAAUGGCGAUCACCUUCAGUCCGGCGCUGCUAUUUACUGGCUGGGCAGCCUUCAACCUGUAGUCCUCUGGAAUCUUCUCUGGUUCUCAUGUUACCUUGCAGAGUUGUGGAAAGGGCAGCUCAGUCUAUUUCAAAGAAAGUGUGUCAUUUAUGAUCCUUUAUAACAAGCUAAGGGAAAUAGCAUUUUAAAUCUGAUGCAUAUUUACUAAUAAAAUGGAGAACAAUCGUUGCUAUGGUUUGAAUGUUGGCUCCCUCCAAACCCAUGUUAAAUUUAAUUGCUGUUGUAACCAUAACAAGAGGUCGUGAGGGUUCUAGUUUCAUGAGUGGAUUUAAUGCUUAAUAAAAAGACUUUCAAGUGCAGGAUAAUUUCCUCCAGCCCCUUCCUGUCUUUCUGCAAUGUGAGAAGCAGCAAUCCUCCCCUCCAGGGAGCACCAUCUUGGAAGCUGAGACCAGACCCUUUCCAGGCACCUCCUUGGGACUUGAUGGUGAACUUUCCAGGCUCAGAAAUUGAGAGAAAUAAACUCCUGGUCUUUAUAAAUGACCCAGCCUCAAGUAUUCUGCUAUAGCAGCAAAAAUGGACUGAGAGCAUUUCUAACCUUUCCAAGGACUUAGUACCAUGCUCUGAGUUUCUGGUGGGAUGUAAAAUUGAAAUGCAAUGAAGGAAACUGGACAAUGUCAAACUUGUGUCCACCUCUGUGCCCUGCACCCCUGCUCUGUGUUGCACAUUUUCUUCUUAAAGAUGAUUCUGCUGUCCUA